ACUAAUUUAUCGAAAAUAAUCAAGGGGGACACGACACGACUCUCGGGCUACCCGCGCGCAGUUUCGCACCGAAGACGAGGCGUACAACAAAUGUCCACGUAAAUGAGCUGAAUCCGAGGCGAAGAUGAGCUCGCUGCAGCAAGGAAACAGAUUCCUGCCGUUCUCGAACAACAAUUUGCAGAGGAAGCAGCUGUCCAUGCAAGGUGGCCUUCCUCAGAGUUUGAGCGGCAGCGAGACCGACGUGUCCACGUCCAACGAAAAUCUCAGCAACGAGGAGAGGUAUGUCAUAAGGCAUACGGCGCGGCAGGAGCCGCAGGGUCAGGAGAAUCAGCAGCAGAGCCCCUCGAGGUCUUCCAGUCACAAGGAGAACAUACCAAAUAUUCAGGGUAACCUACAUAAUAACAGGAACAGCCUGAAGGAGAGCUUGAACGGGUCCAACAGGAACAGCCUGAAGGAGAGCCUGAACGGCUCCAAUCGGAACAGCCUGAAGGACAGUAUCAAUGGAUCGAAUCGGAACAGUUUGAAGGACAACCUGAGCAACCGCACCAGCGGCUCGAACCGGAGCAGCCUGGACGUCUCGACGAGUUCCUACAACACGUUAAUUAUACACAACGCCAACGACGACAACUCGUGGAUACCAACUGGAAGGCUGUCGGGUAUAGUGAGAGAACAUGGAGACGUGGGUUACUUGUACUGCGACGGAAAGGGCCAUUCCAACAGUCCCACGAUACAGUCCCUGUCCAAUCUGCCGCACGAGGAUUACGUUCACGAGCAAUCUGGCGGUGGUUGCCAAGAAAUCACGGACAUCCCGGAUGAUUAUCUUAAUCAGUCUCAGGUCUUGAAACAUCUGGCGAAAGAGGUGAAAGUGCCACCGUAUCCCAACAGCAGUGGCAGUCUAGAGAUGAGAUUAGGAGAGAUAAGAAUAAGAGAUGGGGGGAAGCAGAACGACAGCGAGUACGAGGGCAGGUCGACACCGUGCUACGUACCCUCACUGUUCAAAAGCAAACACAGGCUCUUCGCACCGACGGAAAAGCUGACUGUGUCGCGAUCGCAGCCGGAUCUGUCGAGGAUCAAGAAGGACAUCGACAAUUACAACCUUCGAACAAUGUCGCCCCGACCGCAGACUAAGGGCCGCGAGGAGUUGGAGAGGGAGGCGGGCGACGUGUGGCCGUCGGCGGAGAUGAUUCAGAUUGUGAUCCAGGAGAACAGCGCGUUGAAGCUCGAGCUGGAUCACUGUUACAACAAGGUCGCCAAGACGCAGAAGAUGGAGCAGGAGAUCGCGAAGGUGCAUCGCGUUCACGAGGAGCUCGCGGCGUCCUGCGAGCGGCGGGAGAAGCUGGAACGUGCCGCUCGGCUGAAGCUGCAGACCGAGUGCCGUCGUUUGACCGAGCUGAACCGCGCGUACCGAGACCAGAUCGACCUGCUGUCCGCGCGCACGGACAGCCCGCCGAUCGUCGAGACAAUGCGGAAGGAGCUGUCGCAGCGCGAGCUACUCAUCGGACAGCUCCUCACUCAAAAUAAAGAAUUGACCGCGGCGAAGGAGAGGCAGGAGAUUGAACUGGCGGCCCAGCGAGCAACUUUGCAGGAGCAACGUACGCACAUCGACAUUCUGGAUACCGCGCUGACGAACGCACAAGGCAACGUCGUGCGGCUGGAGGAAGAAUGUCGAAAGAAGCAAGUUUACGUUGAGAGAGUGGGCCAGCUUCAGCGGGCCUUGUCCUCGCUUCAGGCGUCUAGCGAUAGACGCGAAGAGACCGAGAGACAACUGAGGGGCCAGCUGGAGAGGGAGUUGCGCGAGGGCGGCGGCGGCGGUGGCGGCGGUAACGGCAACGAGCAGUCGUCGAGCGGCGAGACGAUCGCGGAACUGAAGCGACGAUUACGCGAGCGGGACGAGAAGAUCAUGUCGCUCGAGGGCGACGUCGCGAAGUGGGAACAACGCUACCUCGAGGAGAGCGCGCUGAGGCAGGCGGCCAUCGACGCUGCGAGUUUGCCGAAAGACGCGAAGAUCGCCGCUCUGGAGAAGACCAGUCAGGACGCGGAGAAAUUAAUCGCCGAGGCUCGCUCGGAGAAGAUGAGACACAUGGACGAAGUGCACGCCGCGCAGAAGAAGCUGGCCGAUCUCGAAUCUAGAAUGAAGGAUUUGGAGUCCAAGCUAGCCGAGAGGGACGCCAUGAUCAGGGUGCUGCAGAAGCACACGUACGACAAGGCGGACAGCAGUAGCAGCAGCGGCGUGGGCAGCUACCCCGCCGCGCACUCGUCCCACUCGAGCACGUCGGCGGAUCAUCACACCGCGCUGACGAGCACGCCGGAACUCGUGAGCAGCGUACUCGGCGGCGGCAGCGGCUACGGCAGCACCGGCUCUUACGGCGUUACCGACAGUUAUAAGUAUAGAAAGCAGGGCAGCUUCGAGCAGACUAAUAAGAGUCUCGACGAUCAACUGAAAGAGCUAGACUCACAGCUGCUUAGCAAGCGGGCACUUUGCUGUUUUCCAGGAUUCUCUAAUCCAGGCACUGCGUCGCGAAAAGGAAAAAUACCCAAGCCACUACUGGCGGGUGUAGAUAGCACAGGUACCUCGAGCACCGCCUCGAGCAAGAGCCGGCUGCUGGACGACUCGUCCGGCAGCGGCGGCGACGUGGUGUCGUCGAGCAUAAUCGAGUUCGCGAACGCGGCGGCCAGGCUGAAGGGCACCAUCUCACGGCUGUCGGACGGCGCCGGCGGCGGCGGCAAGCCGACCGAGGACAUGAUGCUGCUCGAGAAGCAGGGCAGGAGCUCGCAGCGGCAGCGGAUGACGGUGGAGGUGGGCGGCGAGCCGCGGCGCGCCGGCAGUCUGCCGCCGAGCUCGCUACCGCGUCCGCCGAGGGCACUCAAGGCGACCAGCGCCAACUCCCGCUACUGCCGUCUGAGCGACACGGAGACGCGCAAGAAGUCGGACCCCGGGCCGGGGAUGCUGGACACGUCGAGCGGUGGCGCGGUCGGUGGCGGUGGCGGCGGCGGCAACGGCGGCGGCAGCUGUGGCGUGAAGGUGACACGUGACUCCUCCGGCAACUGCAGCAUCGAGUACGGUAGAUUCGACACCGGCGCCGCCGUCGCCGCGAAGGCGUCGCGCAGCAGGAAGAAGACCUCCAUGGAGAACUUCAUGGCGAACAGCUCGCUGAAGAAAUCGUCGACCGGCUCGGGGAUGACAAGCGGCGGCAGCGGCGGCGGUGGUGGUGGAGGUGGCCACGAGUACGAGAGGCUGCAGUCGCACGAGACGGUCAGCAAUCGCAAGAGGUCGGUCUGCGCGUUGGAGUCUGCGGUGCGGCACAGGGAGAUGCAGAGCCGCUCGUUCAUACCGCCGCCGUCCCGCGGCCGCAUCGGCGAGUACGGCCGCCUGAGCGACGGCGAGCCCUCCUCGUCGGUGGCGGCGGUGGCGGCGGCCGCCGCGGCGGCCGUUCUCAAGGUAGGCGGCAACACUCUGAGAAAGCAGACGGGAGCGGGCGGCGGCGGCGGCUCGUCCCGCGGACAGAGCACCGGCAGCACCGUGAGCAGCAAGAGCGGCCGCGACUCCGGCGGGACCGCCAGCAGCGAGGCGUCGACGGCCUCCCUGCCGCCGACCAGGGCGAGGUCGAUACCGCGCCCCGGCAACUACCGCAUCCAGUUCUGA